AUUGAUAAUUCAUUGUUAGUGAAGUGCAAUUUCUCGCAAAUUACAUUGAAUAUUGGAGUUAUGGUUAUUUGUGAUCGUAAUUGAUAACCUCAUCUUCGAAAUAUAUACGUAACAAAUGUAAAUUAUUUGUGUAAAUAAUUAAAAUUAUUUUCUUUAUUACGGUCAUGUAAGGUUUAGUUCCUCUAUUUCGCUACACCGCAGCGCUGUUUGUUACCUCAUAAACAGAAAAAUUUUCAUUUGCGAAAAAAAUUAUUUUAGAGAAUUAAAUUGCUAAUUUUUAUAAUUUUGUCCUGUUAAUUGGAUACCCAGUUUUCUUUUUAUACCCUAUUUGAAGCUUAAAAUGCGCUUAGAAUAAAAAUAUUUGAAAAUAAGUAGUACAUAUAAUUUACUAGUGAUAGAUGAUGCCAUCAGGUUCAAAAAGAGUCAAUUUGCAGUAAUUGCUAAAAGAAAAUCUAAUUAAGUGAUAUUACGUGUCAAGUUUUGGAAUUGUGUCAUCCAUUUAAGACUCCUAGUUUUUAUUGUAUGUUACAUUUAUGUUACAUCAAUGUAUAACAUGUAUUAAUAAAAAUUUUCAGAAUUCAUCAUUGUUAAAUAAGAUAACUUAGGCGGAAGGUGCAACUAUUUACGAAUAUUCUGUUUUUAUAUUGAUCUACUAUUGUUCUUCUUUAAAUAUUCUAAAUUUCUACAGGAGGACUUAACCUCAACGUAACUUUAAACCAUGUAUUUUCCUGUUCAAAGUGUUUCUUUCAAAGCUUCUUACGCUCAAACUGCUUAACAAUCACAAUUCCAUACACGAGAACAAGCAGUCAUAUUACUCUAUCAAAGGUACUUCAAUUCAAGAAUUUAAUGUUGAAAUUGAUAAGUUAUUGGCCCAUCGAUUGUUAGAUUUGUAUUCAGAAUUUUUCAAGAUCAAGUUUGCUUAUACCAGGAUAGUAAAUACAGAGGUGACAAUCAUAUGAAAGUAAGCACUAAAUCUCAUUCCUUGGAAAUUCAACCAAUGAUUUCUAAAUCCAAAUGG